UCUGAAACGGCGCUUUGUUUCCAUAGAACAAGGGUGGGUGGCCCAUUGAUUUCGCAACGAUAAAUGCCAUUCUACUACUGGUCUGAUAGUGAGUUAAAGUAGGCUAGCAGAUUUGUGUGACUGUGAGAUGUCAGAUGAACUGGCUCGUCGUUCAGAGGAUCGGUGUAACCAAGAUCCUUUUAGCUAUAGGGUAGAGAUUUAUGGGAUUAUAAACUCGUCGAGACAGCGACUGCGUUGGGUACCAGGGAGGAUGGCAGACGAAGCACCCAUGAUUUUAAACUAAAUGGCCGACACCAGGAUUCACGAGGACAUAUGAAUGAAUAGGACAUUCGAGCAGAUCUGAUAGUGUUUGACAAAAUCAUAAGUGAAAUAAAUUAGGCCUAGAUAGUCUUUGCAACUGUGCAACGGUUAUCGGCAACAAGAUGGAUAUUGGAGGACACCUUAGCCUACACAUUGAGUGUUUUCAGUUUUGCAACAGUGGUGGCAUUUUUUGAUUUAACAGAACAGCUGAACGUAACGUCGCUUCUCCUGAACAGAUUUGUUUGCUUGGCUACAUGAGAAAACGCAAAUAUGUUUAUGAAAUGCCACAGAAGCAAACUGUCGGUGUGGGCUGCUCUGUGUGUUUUGGUAUUGUGCUGGCUGUACAUUUUCCCUGUCUAUAGACUGCCAAGCGAUAAAGACAUAGUGGAAGAAGUCCUUGGACAGGGAAAAAUGUGGACCAAAAACCAGACGGGGAUAGACAUUUACAGGAAACUGAUCACAGAAUGUUGUGACCCCAGGAAGAUGUUCGCACUCACAAAGGAGAAUUCACCUAUUGGCAAGGUCUUGUGGUAUGAUGGUGAAUUGUACCACUCUCGCACAGUCAACAAUGACACAUACCCACUCUUUGUAAAGGAGACACCUUUGAAGCUGCCCCUUAAAAGGUGUUCUGUGGUAGGCAAUGGAGGGAUGCUGAAGAACAGCGGCUGUGGCAGGAACAUUGAUCAGGCAGACUUUGUCAUGCGAUCCAAUCUGCCCCCGCUCUACAAAGAGUAUACAGCAGAUGUUGGUACAAAAACCCAUCUGGUCACAGCAAAUCCCAGCAUCAUUGAGAAAAGGUUUCAGAACCUCCUGUGGUCACGCAAAGUGUUUGUAGAAAGCAUGAAGGCCUAUGGUUCCAGUUACGUCUACAUGUCUGCUUUCACCAUGAAGCCAGGAACUGAACCCUCUCUGAGAGCCUAUCAUGCACUGGCAGACACCUCCUCAAACCAAACAGUCCUCUUUGCCAAUCCUGACUUCCUGAAGAGUGUGGGAAAAUUCUGGAAGAGACGUGGUGUGCAUGCAAAGCGUCUUUCCACAGGGCUGUUUCUGGUGAGCUUAGCACUGGGCCUGUGUGACGAAGUGAUGGCAUACGGCUUCUGGCCAUUCUCUGUGGAUUUAAACCAGCAGCCUGUUAGCCAUCAUUACUAUGACAAUAUCCUUCCUGACACUGGCUUCCAUUCAAUGCCUGAAGAGUUCCUACAGCUCUGGAACCUGCAUAAAACGGGCACCUUGCAUUUGCACAUAGGUCACUGCGCUGAAAUACAGAAAUGAAAACCCGAUACAAAUAGCCUUCUGAAUAGCACAACUCUCCUGAAAAUAGACAUCUCUACACCACACUUAAACUAACAAAGGCACACAUGAAGGACAGUUGUACUGACAUGUUAGAGACUGUUAAAGACAAUAUUUCCUCAUUAUGUGCACCUUAAAACAUGGCACUAUAUGUAUGAAUAGACCACACAUGAUGUGAAACUUCAUUCUACGUGUUACAGGAAUGCCAAAAAAACAAUGUAUUUUUCUUACAAAAAGAGCGAGUUUUACGCAAAAUCAUGGGAGAAGCGCUACCAGGAAUAGAAUAUGUACUCUGAAGUAUGUUUCAAAAGUGCUAGUGACAGCGCACGUCUGUUAUGCAGUCAACAUUUUAUGCUUUACUGCGGUUAAAUGCAUGUAUAGAAGAAACUUUCAGAAAAAGAUAAAUUAAAGUUUUUGUUUCAUGUCAUAGACUUAAUAGAGUUUUGAAUUUGUUUAUUAUUAUUAUUAUUAUUAUUAUGGAGUCUGCCCUGCAUUAUGUCUUUGUUUGAUGACAUCUUAUUAGCAUGUACUUUUCCUGAUAGAUAGCAUUUUGAUAGCAUUUUGAUUCCUUUUAAUGUAUGUAGUUCAACUGCACUUCUAAUUGAAUGACACCGUUCAGUUGUGGGCAACACAGAGCUGAGCUCUCUCUAUGAUGACUUUCGGAUUUGGUAAAUAGUAUGUGAAAAGAGGAGGCACAAUGUGCGGUUUCUGUGUCUAUUUUUUGUCAAAAAUGUUAAGUAUUGCAUUGAAAAAGAAAGCCUGCAAGGUUACAGUUACAGAGUUAUACUCCCAAUACCCAAUCCUACCUUUUGCACUGUGUCUAUAGUUCACUCAUCCUUCAGGGCUUUCUGUCAGAAAUCAUUUCAACUGGUUCAGAAAUGUGCAAUAGUUUAGAUUUCUAUAAUGUGGCCUACUCCCCACAUUGAAGCCACAUUUCACUAUAGCCCUUUUUCCAUUAAAAAGUUGAAUCACUUAAAAAUUAUGCACAUUAAAAAGUUAGUGCGACACUUGAUGGAGUUAAUUCACUCGCCAGAGGUGGAUCAAUGAGAGUUAAAUCAACAUUGAAGUGAUGGAAAAGGUUUGGAUGGAUGGCUGUUGAUGGAAAACCAUCCAGCGCAGUAGAAAAAUGUGUAUUAAUGUGUAUUAUACUGGGACAUGAUGACAUCAUUUUAAUUCGCUAGAAUCGUUCUGUUGAUUGGUAAGCCAUUUUGGUGCUUCUAAUAUUGCUCAAAAUGACAUUGAAUUAUGAGUUAAUUCGUUUGAAAAUCUUAAGGAAAAAGGGCUUAUGAUUAUUGGCAUGCAGUAUGUAAAGGAUUAUAAUUUAAAUUGGUCAGUAUAAUAAAAUAAAUCCUGGGAGGAUGAACUGGAUGCCAAUGUGCAGCAGAGGCUACUGAUAAGAAAGCAAAGUGCAAUACAUAAACGUGGGGAGAAUAAGUACUUGAACCCAUGCUAAAGUUGACUAAAAAGAGGAACAUAAAAUCAUCGUUUGGAAAUUGAUCUUAAUGCCUGAAUUAAAGAAAAUGAGUGAAAAUCCAACCUUUAAGGACAACAAUUGUCUUACAAUAAAAUGGUCAAAAUCUUACAUUGAUGGCCCCGGCAGUGGCGCGACUGGCUGGGGCACCUGCACCGCACGCCGGCGACCCGGGUUCGAUUCCCGCCCCGUGGUCCUUUCCGGAUCCCACCCCAACGCUCUCUCCCAUUCACUUCCUGUCUCUCUUCACUAUCCUAUCAUUAAAGGCAUAAAAGCCCAAAAAAUAUACUUAAAAAAAAAAAAAAAAAAUCUUACAUUGAUGUUAAGUUGAGCUCAAUUAUUUGUAAGUGAAAUUGGCUUUACAUCUUGGUAUUUGUCUUACCCUUUCCUCUGAGUCAUGACCUUUAGAGGUGUUAUAACUUCGAAAUAGGGAGAUGCAGAAGUUGCUUUGAAUUCUUAUUUAGGCUGUAUUAAUACAUUUUUCUAUGUAUGAUUGUAUUUUAUUAUUUUAUUUUAUUCAAUGGCCACACCUAAUACUUAUGUCAUGUUAGGUUAGUGUCACUUCCUGGUCAGUGUUAAUUGUAAGGCGUGGAGGAGACACCUUGCCUUGAUGUGGAGUGCCUUUUACUGCUUUUAUGUGUGUGGGGACAACAUAGAUUUCAUUUUAAUUUGUUCAUUUAAGAUGUGAAGGUAACCCAUUAAGUAGGGCAGCUAUUUAAAGCAAUGCAAAUGAGUCUGAAAGUAGCUGGUUGUGAAGGUUGUGUUGGUUUGCUGAAGUAUUACAAUGUUAGCAUUUGGCAAAACAUUAAAGCUUCAAAAACUUGAAACUCUUACUGCUGAAGGAACAUGUUCCUUAUGUUUG